CUCCAUCGCCGAAUAGUUCACCCGCAGCCUUGCCGCGCCUGCGUCGCCACCGCCUCUCCGACUCUCGCAUGCGCGACCGACUGGGGCAUCCGCGCUCCAUCUCUUAGCCUGCAGCGUCAAGCUUAAAGCCCGCGGCGGAGAUUGCGAGCCGCGCGCGUCAACGUCACUGAACUUGGAAGGGAGCAGUGCUUCACAAUGCGACGCCCGAUUUAGCACGGGACGAUGCAGCGGCCGUUAUAGCACCGCGAAAUGCAGCGGUCGAUCUCGGGCCGAGUCAAGCACGCGGGUUUCGUCGAUGGAUUACCGGUGGGCUGCGGAGGCCUUACUUCCAACGAGCAUGUUGGUUAGUGCAAACCCCAUAGGGCGACGUCGCGUUUAGGCACCACAUAAUGCAGCGGCCGAUCUCGGGCCGUCUGAAGCACGCGGGAUCGGCGCCAAUCGUGGUGGUGGCGGACGAUGUGCCGCCCAUCCGGAUCGCGGAGCGCCGUGCGAUCGACCACCUGUCCGAUCUCGACCAUCCACGUGGCUCCCCGCUCGCCAGCGCCAAGCACGCGGCCAGCCCGCAGGCCGCCGCUUUCCGCGCGCCCGGGGGGGUCGCCUCCCCGGGGGCCUUCGCCCCCGCCUCCCGCGAGUUCGCGCUAGCGGCGGGCAGCCACUUCCACGGCAGCAGCCCGCAUGCGCACGGGGGGCACGGGCAUGGGGGCACUGCGGGGUCGGGGGGGAUUGGCGGCACAAGCGGGGGCGGUGCGAGCGGGGGCGGCACGAGCGGCGGCGGCGGGGUGCUGUCGUCGGUGGCGAUGGUGGCGGUGCUGCUGCUGCUGCUGAACCUGUCGACCAUCUACCUCUUCUUCCAGUCGGGACUGUCGUCCCGUAGCCUCACCGCGUCCACCGCCGACAUCCGGCUGAGGAGCCAGACGCAGGAGCGCGUCAUGGAGGCGGAGGCCGCGCUCUCCAACCACCCGCCCGCCCGCGCGCGAACCCAUGCAGGGGGCAAGUCCGCAACAGGCGCAGCACAGGCGGCAGCGGGGGCGGGGUUGGGGCGGGGCGUGGGGGGCCAGCUGAGUGCGCUGGUGCGGGGGCGCGAGACGGUGAACGGGCGGCUGUUCCACAUUGCGCCGGGGCUGGCGGCGGGCAAGGUGCCGUGGAACGCCUCCGACAACUCCUUCCUGCUCUCCCUCAGGGGCAAGUGGGACGUGCGGUCGUUCUCCCUCAUGCCCGGGGUGUUCCUGCUGCAGCAGCCGGACGACUUCGCAUGCGUGCUGCUCAUCCAAGACGCCUGCUACGUCUACAUGACAGGCCCGUCCCGCCUGCACAUCCCGCUGACGGGCAUGUGGUAUUCGGACGAGGGCGUGCGCGACUUCAAGCGCAUCUCCACGUCCAACGACCUCUGCUCGCUCUUCCCCGACUCGAUCGCCGACCACCAGGACCGCUCCUGGCGCCAGCUCAGCGCGCUGGAGGCCGCUGCUGCUCUCAACAGGGAGGCCACUGUGGGGCGGAACAGUGGGCGGGUUAGGGGGGUGGAGGAGGAGGAGGAGGAGGAUGGGAGGAAAGGGGGUGCAGGAGGGGGGAGGAAGGGGAGUGGAGUGGGGAAGGAGCGGAUGGGCGGGAGGGUGGAGCGGGCGGAAGAGGAGGAGGGGGACUGGAGGGGCGGUGGUGGCGUGGGGUAUUCGGCGGAUAGAGCGGACGAGGAGGGCGAGGAGGGGGAGGAGAGAGCAGGCCACGCGGGCAAGCGACGACGCCUGCUGGCCACAGCAGAGCACAAAACCGCAAAACCCCACAAAUCUACCUCCUCUCAUCCCAAAACCACGUCCCCAGCCGCGCAGUCACAAUCCCCCCCGGCAACCCAAGAGCAAUCACCCCCACCUGCACGCGUAUCGGGGUUUGAGAACCAGGCGCCCGGGUUCACGGACGAGUUUGACGAGGAGCUGCACGACAUCACGGACAUCAAGCGCCGCGAGCGCAGGGUGUAUGGCCGCUUCGAGAGCCCGCUCGCCGUGGCGCGCUACCUCAACCUCAGUGACGCCAGCAGUCGCGCACGGCUGGCGCAGGGGCGGCCGGGGGGGAGAGUGGAGAAGGUGGGGUACGUGCCCAAGUACGGCAGCUACAUGGGCGAGUUCGGGGAGGCCGUGGUGCCGCUCAUGGAGGGCGCUGUGCAUCUGGUGCGCUCGCCCCCCUCGGACCCCGCCAAGGACACUCGGGGCGUGGGCCGCGUGGUGUUCUUCCCGGGGGAGCGCGAGGUGCGCAGCAAGUGGACGGCGGACAUGGCGCACAUCCUGUUCGGCCCCAAGGCGCAGCUGCUGCUGGGGCAGGUGGUGGGGCAGAAGGUGUGCUUCCGCAACGCGCUCUUCCCGCUGAACCGCUUGCACACGCCGCAGGUGGCGGACACGCUGAGGCAGAGGGCGCUGCUGGGCGCGGGGGGCAGGGGCAAGGGCAAGAAGGCCAGGCAGUCGGGAGUGGUGCGCGUGAAGGUGCUCAGAACCAGCCGCAGCCUGCCGCCCGUACAAGCCGCCCCUGGAUCUCAGGUCCCCGCUGCCCCGCGGCGCAUGCGGUGGCAGGUGACGGUGCUGGAGCGCGAGCGUGGGCGGUCGCUGAUGAACGUGCACGAGGUGGCGCGCGUGGCGCACUCGCUCUUCCCGGAGAUGCCGCUGCUCAUCGCCCGGAUUGGAAAGUCGUCCGCCUAUGACCAGGCACUGCUCUUGAAGAACACGCUGGUGCUCAUCUCGCUGCACGGCACGCCCCUCACCACGGCGCUCUUCAUGCCACGUGGCUCCGUGGUGGUCGAGCUCUUCCCCUACAAGUUCCUCAGCACGCUCUACAAGAAGAUUGCCAUGCGCUCGGGCGUUAACUACCUUGCAUGGCGCAAUAUCCACGAUAUAAGCGCCUUCUUUAGAAACAGCUGCAUGAAGGAUGGCGGGUUCACGCAUUUGCCGGAGGAGCAGUGUUGGAACAUCCACGAGUGUGUGGCAUGCGCGCGGGAUCAAAGCAUCACGAGAGUAGAUAGAAGGGAGUUCAAAGAGGUGAUGGCAAAUGCGAGAAUGAUUGUCAGAACGCUUAUUUACAAUAAUACAGCGUAGGAAUUCUUGCAAGGUAUUGUU